UCACACACAAGCGGCCGGAAAGUAUCUGGAGGAAGCUGGCGCGUCACAGGGGACGGAGCCGGGCCCCUGACGCACCCGCCCAGCAGCGUCCGGCCCCGGGUACAGGGCCCGCACACCCCGCCGCGCCACCGCCACCGCCACCGCAGCCACCGCCGCCACCGCCAAUGAAACUCCUCCCGCUCUUAGUGGGUUUUUCCACUUUGUUGAAUUGUUCCUAUGCUCAAAAUUGCACCAAGACACCUUGUCUCCCAAAUGCAAAAUGUGAAAUGCGCAGUGGAAUUGAAGCCUGCUAUUGCAACAUCGGAUUUUCAGGAAAUGGUGUCACAAUUUGCGAAGAUGAUAAUGAGUGUGGAAAUUUAACCCAGUCCUGUGGUGAAAAUGCCAAUUGCACUAACACGGAGGGAAGUUAUUAUUGUAUGUGUGUACCUGGUUUUAGAUCCAGCAGUAACCAAGACAGGUUUAUCACUAAUGAUGGAACCAUCUGCAUAGAUAUAGAUGAGUGCAGUGAGUCAGUUGUCUGUGGUGAUCACGCGGUGUGUGAAAAUGUGAAUGGUGGGUACAACUGCUCCUGCAAGGAAGGUUAUCAGACAUCCACAGGAAAAUCACACUUCACCGCUAAUGAUGGUACUUACUGCCAAGAAGUUGUGAAUGCAAACUGCCAUUUAGAUAAUGCCUGUAUUGCUGCACAUAUUAAUAAAACUUUAUCAAAAUUUAGAUCCCUAGAAGAACCUGUGGCUUUGCUACAAGAAGUCUAUAGAAAUUCUGUGACAGAUCUUUCACCAAUGGACAUAGUUACAUAUAUAGAAAUAUUAGCUGAAUCAUCCCCAUUACUAGGUUACAGGAAUAACACUAUCUCAGCCAAGGAUACCCUUUCUAAUACAACUCUGACUGAAUUUGUAAAAACCGUGAAUAAUUUUGUUCAAAAGGAUACAUUUAUAGUUUGGGACAAGUUAUCUACGAAUCACAGGAGAACUCAUCUUGCAAAACUCAUGCACACUGCUGAGCAGGGUACCUUAAGGAUAUCUCAGAACUUCCAAAAGACCACUCAGUUUGAUACUAAUUCAAGUGAUGUAGCUCUCAAAGUUUUCUUUUUUGACUCAAACCACAUGAAUCAUAUUCAUCCUCAUAUGAAUGUGGGUGGAGAUUAUAUAAACAUAUUUCCAAAGAGAAGAGCUGCAUAUGAUUCAGAUGGCAAUGUUGCAGUUGCAUUUUUAUAUUAUAAGAGUAUUGGUCCCUUGUUUUCAUCGUCUGACAACUCCUUAUUGGAACCUCAAAAUUAUGAUAAUUCUGAAGAGGAGGAAAGAGUCAUCUCUUCAGUAAUUUCAGUCUCGAUUAGCUCAAACCCACCAACAUUGUAUGAACUUGAAAAAAUAACAUUUACUUUAAGUCACCUAAAGACCAUAGAUAAAUAUAGUAGUCUAUGUGCAUUUUGGAACUACUCACCUGAUACCAUGAAUGGCAGCUGGUCUUCAGAAGGCUGUGAUCUGAUGUACUCCAAUGAGACCCAUACCUCUUGUCGUUGUAAUCACCUGACACAUUUUGCAAUUUUGAUGUCUUCCAGUCAUUCCAUUGGUAUUAAAGAUUAUAAUAUUCUUACAAGGAUCACUCAACUAGGGAUAAUUAUUUCACUGAUUUGUCUUGCCAUAUGCAUUUUCACCUUCUGGUUCUUCAGUGAAAUUCAAAGUACCAGGACAACAAUUCACAAAAAUCUCUGUUGUAGCCUAUUUCUUGCUGAACUUGUUUUUCUUGUUGGGAUCAAUACAAAUACUAAUAAGCUCUUCUGUUCAAUCAUUGCUGGGCUGCUACAUUACUUCUUUUUAGCUGCCUUUGCAUGGAUGUGCAUUGAAGGUAUACAUCUUUAUCUCAUUGUGGUGGGAGUCAUCUACAACAAGGGAUUUUUGCACAAGAAUUUUUAUAUCUUUGGCUAUCUCAGCCCUGCCGUGGUAGUUGGAUUUUCAGCAGCAUUAGGAUACAGAUAUUAUGGCACCACCAAAGUAUGUUGGCUUAGCACCGAAAACAACUUUAUUUGGAGUUUUAUAGGACCAGCAUGUCUAAUCAUUCUUGUUAAUCUUUUGGCUUUUGGAGUUAUCAUAUACAAAGUUUUUCGUCACACUGCAGGACUGAAACCAGAAGUUAGUUGCUAUGAGAACAUAAGGUCUUGUGCAAGAGGAGCCCUGGCUCUCCUGUUCCUUCUUGGCACCACCUGGAUCUUUGGGGUUCUCCAUGUGGUGCAUGCAUCCGUGGUUACAGCUUACCUCUUCACAGUCAGCAAUGCCUUCCAAGGGAUGUUCAUUUUCUUAUUCCUGUGUGUUUUAUCUAGAAAGAUUCAAGAAGAGUAUUACAGAUUGUUCAAAAAUGUCCCUUGUUGUUUUGGAUGUUUAAGGUAAACAUAGAGAACUAUGGAUAAUUAUAGCUGCACAGAAGCCAAAAACCCAAGCUGUGGACGACCAAUGUAUAAAGUUGAUUCAUUCAAAUUAUUCAGUUAUGAAUUACUAGAUAAUCAAAUAUUAUAAAUCAGUUUUUCUGUUUACAGUAUAGGAACUGUAGAUAAUAAGAGUUGAAAUUAUGUAUCAUAUAGCUGUAGUACACUUUCCUAUAUGACAUAGUUAGUUAUGUCAAAAAUAGUAUUGCAGAUAGUUGGAAAGUAAUUGGUUUCUCAAGAGUGAUAUCACUGCACCCAAGGAAAGAUUUUCUUUCUAACACAAAAAAUAUAUGAAUGUCCUGAAGGAAACCACUGGUUUGAUAUUUUUAUGACUCAUGUUGCCUCAGAAACUAGUCCCCUACCACCUUGGUAAUGAGGUCCUUUAUAGAAAGUGCAACAUGAGAGAAAGAAGGGACUGAGUAUAAAAUGGUGAAAAGGGAAUGGCUGUGAUAACAAGGAGAUGUAUUUUGAAUAAACUUGUUUUUUAUGUAAACUAGAUGAGAAACUGUUGAGAAUUGAAUAAAGAAUUGAAGAAACACA